GGCGUUGACCAGAACUUCGAACACUUCCGGGCACACACUCUUCAAUGUCCAGGAUCGCGCGCACCGUAACAGAGUGUACGGUAUAGAGCUCGACUCGAGGUCGAAGCUGCGGAUACUGUGCUGAGCGAAAAGACGAAACGAUGCCUGGCGACUUUGGGCUCUCGGCUCAAGGAUGUUCACACCUUGCGGACCUCGAUGGCGAGGAGGAGAAGGAGAUUAUGUUGAAGCGGUACAAAACGGUUAUCUCGUGGCACAUGUGUCGGAGGCAUGAGGCGGUGCAUCCAGCGAAGAGGCGAAAGCUUUCAUCUCCGUCUUGCGAACGAUGCCAGAUCACUCUGUCCAGACCGUUUGUCUGUUUGCAAUGUUUUCACACUGCAUGCUGGCGAGAGUCGCACAUACACGAUCACUUCCGAGAAGUCGGCCAUAGCUUCUGUGCGGACUCCAAGUCGGGAGCCAUAUAUUGUUUAGACUGUGAUGACUUCGUUUACGAUCCAACCUUCACGAGUGUCCUCUCCUCCACGUCGGUUACCGCCAGCGAGCGGUUGAUGUCGGGAAAUUUAGCUAAAAGUCGGAAGGAGCCAUAUAAACCAUGGAUACCUGAUAGCAAGGACAAUGCAGCCCUGGAAGGUGCAGUAGCACUCCCUUGUCAAGGGCGUCGAGGACUCCUUAAUCUCGGCCAAACAUGUUUCUUGAAUGCAAUAUUACAGUCGUUCCUUGCGAACCCCCUGUUGCGCAACUUCUUCCUGAGCGACAAGCACAAUGAGAAGCUCUGUAGCACCAAGGAUUGUACGUCCUGCGAGAUGGAUAGGCUCUUUACCGAGGUCUAUUCCGGCAAAGGCGGCCCCCUCGGGCCCAUAAGCUUUUUGGCCACAACCUGGAAAGCUUCGCCCACCGAGCUUUCCGGCUACGCGCAGCAAGAUGCACACGAGUUCUUCAUCUCGGCGCUGAAUCAGAUCCACGCGACGUCCAAGGGCAAGACCGCCGCGUCGUGCAUCUGCAUCGUGCACACGACGUUCGACGGCCUGCUGCAGAGCGACGUCCGGUGCGAGCGCUGCGGGAACGUGACGUCGACGACGGACCCGAUGUUCGACAUCAGUCUCGAGAUCGAGGCUAAGGGGUCCGCCAUCGCGCAGGACAUCACUCUCGCGUCGUGUCUGAGGCAGUACACGCUACCCGAGAAGCUCGCCUUGAACGAUUAUACAUGCGGAAAAUGCUCAAAGGCGUCGCAUGUACGUGCGAGCAAACGCUUGAGCAUCCGCAAACUCCCACCUGUGCUCAGCUUCCAGUUCAAGCGCUUCGAGCAUCCAACCGCGGACAAGUCGACGGCGCGGAAGAUUGAGUCGCCGGUCCGCUUUCCCGCAAGCCUCAACAUGGCAGAGUUUACUACCCAUGCUAUGAAGUCGAGCGCGCCCGGAUCGAAGGCGAAGAGCACCCCUGAUAUCUCAAACCCCGGACCAGAUUCUCUUUACGAGUACGACCUCUUCUCGGUGGUAUGUCAUGAAGGUUCGAUCGACAACGGGCACUACACAUGCUACACGCGCCAUCAGGACGAGUGGUACCGAUACGAUGACGACAAAGUGACGCACUCCACACUUGGCGCAUGCCUCAACUCACAGGUGUACAUGUGCUUCUAUGUGAAGCGGCACCUUGACUACAAGCCGUGGUCGACACCGUCUUACGUCAAGACGCGCGAAAAGGAGGCCGUGAAAGAGAAGGAGCGCGAGCGCGAGAAAGAGGCCGCCGCACGGAUGAAGGAGAGGGAGUUCGAGGAUGAGCUGCUGGCAGCGAUAUGA